UGCAAAAGAACUGUGUAUUGUAUUGUCACCUAGCUAACGACUGUAGUUAGCAGGUGCGUCGCAUUAUAAAUAGUUUGCAUAGCUAACAGUUAGCUACGUAAUGAGUCAACUAGCUACAGCUGGGCUGGCUGUAGUACAUCAACUAUCAAGUCGUUUUUAUUCGUGUACAUUUAUGCCACGUUCACAAGCUAGUCGGAACUAGGAAACUCGAAACGUCCAACUUGCAAAUUGCUUUCAGCCAGCUGUAGACGUGGAAAGAUGCGGGGCAUAGACAUCCUGGAGAAUUUUGAGAUCUACAUCCCCAAAGAGGCAGAGGUGAAAAUCACCUCUAUUCUGACUCUGCCAACCUCUAUCUUGAGAAGGAUGGGAGUGCCCCAUUCUCAGGGUGGCAGUGCAAAGAGCGUUUCCUCGCCUUUGGCCACGUGGAUCUCGCCAGUGGUCAUCCGAGAGAGAGGCUGUUCACCGGCCAGCCCCACAGUGGAUACAGCCAAGAUUAACCUGACCUCAAUGGUGACCAAGGAACCCAAGGCAGCCCAGGGUCCCUUCUUGAUCCCAUUUGUCUCCUCCAGCGGCACAGCCUUCAAUGUCCUCAGGGAGUUCUUGCCCUCCAGACAGAACUUCCAGCAGGGUACUGCCACCCAGAUUGACCCCCUCCCUCAUGGCCUGCCCCCUGUCCCCCACCAGGAUGCCAUCAUCAUCCACAAGGGGAGGAUCUUCCUGUCAAUCAAGAAAGCAAAGACUAUCAGAGGAAAGAGGCAGCACAGACCUGACCUGAAUAACUUGUUGUCUUCCGAGGCCCCUCAGACCACACAGCGAAAACUGAUCUUCCUCUCACCUGCCAGGAAGAGCCAGAAGAAGUCCUACCCCACAUCUCCAAAGCAGUCUCCUAAAAAGCCCCAGGGGAAGUGGGCAUUGCUGCAGAGGUUCGGCCUGACCCACCAAGUCCAGGUGAAGUUGUCCAGAAUCCCCCAGGGGGACAUUGAGCCACAGCAGUCUGGCGAACAGGGUCACUCAGCGGAAGAGGAUCAUAACACAGAGCAAGAUCAAGUUAUACGGAAGUUAUUGAACGCCAACAGGUUGUUAAAGGAGACACCUGGCAGAUGUCCUGAACAGGAGAUGGAGUUGGUGACUCAAGAGGAAAACAAGCCUUUGAAUGAGGAGACCCAAGAAUCAUUAUCAAAGACAGCAAAUCGGCACCCUUGCUCAAGCGAAGGCUUUCAGGGCAGAGGUGGGAUUACCAGUGAGACAUAUGAUGAUGCUGAGGAGGAGCCUGAGGAAGAGGGAUGUCACAAUUUGGGUAGUGUCAAACAACGACGAGUUGGGGACAAAGGUAAGAGUGGGGCAGAGGGCCAAGCCACCAAUGGGGAUGAGUCUGAGGUGGAAGAUCUCUCUGUUACGGCUGUUGCUUUGAGUGACAGCUUACCUCCACCAGAGGCCCUGAAUGCAGACCAAAGCAGUGAUACGGUUAUGCAAGUUGACUUCACGGGGGACAGUGUUCAGAGUUGGACGGCGGAGUUCCCAAUCAUACCCGCUCUAGCCCCCACCCCCAAACAGCACCAUGGUUUUGACUUUGAGCAUUCGGCCCGUGAGGAGAGGAUCAACCGUAUCAGGGCCAAACUGAGAGAGAGCGAGGCUGCCCUCAACAACCUGCGCUCUCCAAGUUGACUGUCUUCAAAGUGGGAAACAAUUAUUUCAAGGGCCCUCAGAUGUUGAAUGCCAUGAACGAUUAUUCCACACACUUUCAUUUGUUAAGCGCUGCUAGAACAUCCAUUCUGUAACUUUUUUUUUUAAAUGUUGGAACCCAUAAACUUCUCCACUCCUUAUCUUCCAAGACCUGUGAUCCAUCUUUGAUGGGCAAAAAUAUUUUACGUUAGAAAUAAGUCAAAUCUAAAUUAUAUAAUUUUAUUAGAAAAUUCAAAAGGACUUUUUACUUUUUGUUUGAUUAUAUCUGAUGUGAAAGCAACGUUUGUUUGCUUAAACUUGCCCAGCUAUCGAAUUUGAAGAUUAGUUAUUAGAGUUGCAGUUAUUCUUUUAAGGGCCGGAUUCAGACUUUUUUUUACACUUUUUGAUUUACGCAGUUCUCAGUUGUUGGUAUUCAGAAUUGAUGGGCUUUACAGGUGUGGCUCCCUUGCACUCACUACAUUUAUAUAAUUAAAAUACUGAAACCCCACCCACUUGCUGGGCAACAGAUUUUCUUGUUGAGGAUUCCAUUUAAAUACAGUGUACCUUUUUUAAAGCUACAAUAUGUACAUUUUUGUGGCGACCAGACCAAAUUCUCAUA